AUGAAUUUCUAUACCCUUGAAUUUGAAGAUUUAGCUAUUUAAGGUAUUAAAUAAUUCAAAGACUAGAUUUAAGAGAACAAGAAUAAAUAUAAGUUAAUGAAGAGCAAAUUUGUGAUUAUGAUCAAAGUUCUAAUCUAGAACUGAAUAAGGAUUAUACUUUCGAUGGGUAUCUACAAGAAGAACCUGUUUUAAUCUUUAAUAUCAUAGAGGAAUCACCAAAAAAGAAAAAUAAAUCCAUCUUCAAAAAGUCAAAAAAAAUAAGAAAAUCAGACACAGAAACGGAUUUUCAAUCUUAAAAAAAAUCUAAUACUCUAAUAACAUAAAAUGAUGUAGCUAAACUUCAACAAUGUUAAAAGUUAAAGACCAUUAUUUCUUAAAUGGAGGCUAUAUUAAAAUAAACUAGAAUACACAUUCUUAAUUAGUAUAGAAAAAAAUAAACACAAUGA